UAUUAGAUGCAAACCGCCGAUUAACAACAACAGAAGAAGAAGAUAUUGCGGGAAAACUGAAGCGGAUGGUACCUGUGUUGAUACCUCCCAACUGGAAGAAAACAAGCUUUUAAAAAUCACCAUGAAAACCCCAAUAGCCACAGAUGUUAAAAAGGGGAUUUCAGUCCUCUGGGAGACUCUACAGUGUCCAAUAUGCUUGGAUUUAAUGGAGACACCUGUGUCUACUAAGUGUGACCAUCAGUUUUGCAAAUUUUGUAUGAUGAAACUUUUGGACAACACCAAACAAAACAGGGCUAACUGUCCUGUGUGUAAAGCCAAGAUAACCAAAAGGAGCUUACAGGAGAGUCCUGGUUUUCAGAGACUUGUCGCAGGACUGCAGGACAUGAUACAGGCAUAUGAACAUGACACUGGGACAAAUUUCGUAACUGGAUUGGCACAGCAAGAACAACAAUCAGGGGUCAUAGAUGCUGAAGCUACCAAACAUUGUGAUGAGAUGUCAUCUGGAGACAAACCUUGCUCUGACCGUGACAACUUUGAAAAUGUUGACGAUGAUGAUCUUCCCAAGUCUUGUUCCUCAACUGUUGCAGCCCAGAAUGGAUUUGCAAGACUUAUGGAGCUUGAAGACACAAGUCCUUUGACAACAGAAAAUGAAGGCCUGGACAGUGGCCUUGGGGAGGCUCCACCAACAUCUGACAAGAAAAUGCACAGCUCUACAGAUAAUUUGAAACCACUGGAAACAGAAACAUCAGAUAUUGUGGAAAAGGCAACAUCAACUCGCAAAACGAGAGAGAAAAUGAGAGUUUCUGAAUUGGAGGAAUCCUCCCUUCAUCCAUUAUUAAUUCCAGACGAGACUGAACACCCUCCUUUAAGAAAGUCCUCAAGGAAGAAACGGAAAAAGGAUUCGGAGCCUGACAAGAUUCUUGACCAAAAACAGAAGAAAAGUCUAGAGAAAGUUGCUGAGUGGCUCAUGAAAGUUCCAACUGAAGGAAGUCUCGAGUUGGAGAAACCCGAUGACGACACAGAUGACUCUGACAGCUGUUCUUCUGAUUCAACAAUAGAUGUCAGGCAACACAAUAGUGAUGUGUAUCAUAAAAGGGAGAAUCAUGCCAAAGCCCUUGAAGAGCAGGUGUUCGGGGCUGUCUAUAAACGAGGGCGAAGAAUGAACAGGAGCACCUCUCCUGGUAAUGUUUUUGUCAAACCAUUGAAAACUAAAGUUAGAACGACACCUGAUUUUAGCAUGAAAACAACCUCUGAUGAUAAAAGUGACAGCGAUAUAGAGGAAGAGCAACAAAUGACAGAAGAAGUAAAGGACACCAGCAGUGACAUUUUGAAAGAAGCAGAAGAGAUGGCCGUCAUGGAGGAAAAUGAUGUUGACAAAUAUGAGGAAGACUUGACCAACUUCACAGAAAGUGACAAGAAUAAUGACAAAGAGGAGGUUCCCUGUCCUGUGUCUGAUAUUGGACAACCAGAAAGAAAGUCAAUGAAAAGGACGCGAAACACUCAGCAACAGGUUGACAGCGAUCUUCUGGAGCAAACUAAGUCAGAAAGCACUGAACAAAAGAAAGUUGACAAAAGGAAAGGUAAAAACACAAAGUCGGAAAAAUGCAAGCCUGCGAGAGUGACAAAACCCCUUGUUCUGGUUGAAGUUCAAAAUGGAGAAACCAGUCCUAAGACCCGACCAAGGUCAGAAGAGGUUCAAGUUCAUAUUGAGAAUUACCCUAGCAGCGAAGACCAAGAUAUACAUGUCACAAGGAUCACCAGGAGAAGUAGACGACUUCAGGUAUUCACUGAGGAAGUCCAGGAAGAUCACAAGAAAGCAAACUUGAAAACCCCAAAAGUACCCAAAAAAGUCAGCAAAGUUGCAGAGCAAUCCAAGGGCACUAAAGGUGGAACAGUGGUGAACACGGCAUCACCAACAAAUAAAAACAUGACAAAGGCGCCAGAAAGAAAUGGAUGUAUUUAUGAUCAAGAUUUAGGAGGAAUAGAAAACGUGGAGUCUGGUGAAAAAACACCUUUUAUGGGACCACAAGACAAUGCAAACGAGUCCAUUGCUGAAGUGCCAAAUCCUGAAACUUUGUCUAAAGCGAGUCCUGCCUGUUAUGUCCCUGCGGUGCCGAGCUCUAUAAGCCCAGCUGAAGCAGCUGCAGUAGAUCCAACAUUUGAAAGUCACAGUCCAAACCAUAUCCAGUUGGACAAUUCAGCUUGCGAGACUGAGUGUGCUGGAAUAGAAAAUGAGGAGGAUAAGAACGACAGUGAGCUGGACACUGAGCAACUGCUCAGGAGCUUCAAAGCCACUAAAAGGAAAUCCUUCCAUCUUGGCGGACCAAAUGUGAAAAGAAGCCGUAGUUCAGACCAAGAAAACUUUCAGUGCACUGAAUUGGGAAAAAAUAGGCUGCACACAAAGUUGUCUGAAAUCACUAACAAAGAGGCAUUAAGAGACCACGAAAACUUGUCUGGUAGUGAUUUCAUCUCCCCUUCUAUCUCACCGAGACUGAGAACAAAUACAGUUGUUGAGAAAACAGAUCAAGGCGUUGUAGAGGCUUCGAUCCCCGAAAGCCGUUGUUCAGGUCAGGACAACAGUGGUGGUAACGGUGUCUCCAGGAAUAGCAUUAGUAGUCCCCUUACUCCUAAUAAAGUGUCAAAGCGUGAAAUAGAAAGUCCUCAUCUUUCUGUUGUGCCUGAAGUGGUAGAUUCUGGGCUCCAUUUCGUGGCUGUCGAACAGGAGCAGCUCAAUGAACCGAAGCAGCUUUAUUGUCCAAUGAGCGAAGAACGAGAGAGCAUUACAGUGGCCAGUGCCAGCCUGAAGCAUUCAGUCACCAACACUGAACAAAUACUGAACACAGAAUCCUCUUUAACUCCAGAUGGCCUUGGAAUACCCAUCAUACAGAUUGUUGAUGAAGCAAAGUCAUCAAGCAAUGGUAGUGGAGAGCUCAGCGCCCAAUCCUCCAUCAAACCCAUGCCCAGGAAGAGGACGAGGGCGCAGAGGCUCGAGUCUUCAUCAGACUCGUCAGCUUGCAGCGGAGAGGACUUACCAACCUUGAAUGAAAUUUUCGGCACAUCAGCUCCUCCUGCUGCAGCGACCCAGGAUCAGGGAAAGUCAGAUAAAGCGAACAGACGUAAGGGUCUUGGAGCUGGUGGAGGAGCGCAGUUGAGUCGUCCACCAGCAUGUCCAAGCCCGGACUUUGUUAAUUCCAGCCAAGCGUCUGUGGACUUGUUCGGCACACCGGAUGACUGUGAUGUCGCAGUAAAUGACCCAAGUGUUUCUGUGGAAUCGUCACAAUUUUCUAGUGAAGUCCUUGUUACCCAGCAAAAGAUUGAGAUGAAGAAUGAGCUGGUGAGGUUGGAGAAGUUGAUGGCUCUGGUGUCAGAGGUGCUCCAGGAAAAAGAGGGCAGUCCCGCAAAAGAAAUCCCCUCAAAAACAAACCAGAGCAGCAAAAUCACGGGCCCAGACGCUCACCGACCCCUCCGGUGCGAACAGGACACAGGUUCAGACAGGAAAGCUGUUGUAGAAGCAGAACAAGAGCCCAACAUGAGACCAUCUGACAGAAAAGCGGUCACACAGCCUGGUGCAUCAAAGCACGGCAGCAUGGCAGAGAUUGCAGCGCAGCACUCCACACACGCGGGGCCGAGUGUAAAAGGCACAGCAGCCUCCAAGACACUUAGUUCAAGUUCAGCAGCCAAGACAUUAAAGAGCAAUGUUUCACCGUCAGAUGGGCAAGAAGACAAAGAAAAUAGCACCCCUCCGAGCGAGAGAAGUAAAGCAAAGAUGGUGCUGGUGUCGUCUGGAUUAGGACCCAGUGAACAGAUACUCGUGAAAAAGUUUGCUAAGCAGGUUGGUGCCCGUGUGGUCUCCCAGGUGACGGCAGAGGUCACCCAUGUCAUAAUGCACACAGAUGAACAACUGGUGUGUGAGCGCACGCUGAAGUACUUCCUAGGCAUCGCGGGCAGAAAGUGGGUUGUGAGCUCCCUGUGGAUUUCAGAGUGCUUCAAACAAAAGAAAGUCUUAGAUGAGAGUCUCUUUGAGGUGAGAGGUGAUGUGGUGAAUGGAUCCAACCACCAGGGCCCCAUGAGAGCUCGGACCACCGAAGACAACAAUCUGCUCAUGAACGGCUACAAGAUCUGCUUCCAAGGACCUUUUACAGACAUGACUACAGAUGAAAUGGAGUGGAUGGUGGAGCUCUGCGGAGCAGCUGUAGUCAGAGAUCCUCUUCUGCUCGACAGUAAACAGAAGUCUCAUCAGCUGGUCAUUGUUCAGCCUGGAUCGGAGUCUCCAUCGUCCAGAUACAGCAGUCUCUCUAGACGAGCUACAGUGCUGACGCGUGGUUGGCUGUUGGACACCGUGGCAACCUACACACUCCAGAACUACAACAAGUACACAACAUUGAGCUGAAGAACCGAGUCGUCUCCUCAUGACCAGUUUUUCAGCCUCUUCUUUUUAAAUGUCCUUUAUUGUUAUUAAACUUUCAUCCAUCUGUUGUUGAUAAGCUGACAGCUCUCUGUAUUGUGUGUGGGUGACAUGAUGUACAUAAAAUUUAAUCAACAGAAGGCGCUUGGAUCGAGUUGUCUCUGCUUUUGCCUGUAUUGUAAAUGACAGUUGACCAAUUUUCCUUUUUUUUUAACUCUAUUUUUUUUCCUUUUCAUAACACAAACAUGAGGUCAUGUAGAUACAUUCCAGCACGUUGAGUAAUACUCUUAAAUACUCACCACAGGAUGACACACUUUGUUCACAGCUGUAAUUGCAACAAUGUCAACCGUCACACUCUUCAUAGGCUAAAUAUGUAACCCAUUUAGCCCAGAGAUCGUUCCCCUUUUCCUUCUGUAAUCUCAAAAUGAAAGGCAUAAUUUCCAUUCUGUAUAUGUCAUUUAUUAUAUUUUUCCACUGGUUCAGGGUGGGAUGUUCUCUAAGAAGCCAGCUUCUAGUUAUUGUUUUUUGGCUGGCUGCCAUGAGGAUUUUUAACAAAUAUCUGACCCUGUAAUGUAGAUUCUUUGAUAUAUUCCCAAAAUAGAAUGAAAGACAAGUAAAGUCAAUGUCAAAUCCUAGAAUCCUCUUUGUUGUAGCCUGUACUUGAGCCCAGAAAGGUUUUAAGGGAGGGCAAGACCAAAAAAUGUGAGUAUGGUCUGCCAUUAGUUGUCCACAUGGUCUCCACCAUUGGGUCUGAUGACCAGUUUGUUUUGAUUUUACUUUUAGGGUUAUGAAAAACCUCACCAAAUUCUUCCAACAAAAGUUUCUUCAACUCUGAGUCUGUGUGUGUAUUAUGGCAGACAGUUUCACUGGGGAGAUUACAAUAUCCAACUCUCUUUCCCCCCUUUUUUGUUUUAUAUAUUCUAUUGAGUGGUUCUUGAUAAUUGAAACACUUGAGUACAGAUUCACAAUAAUACGUCGGGUGAACUCUGAGUUGUAUGCUCUCAUGAACAUUUGUGUAAACCAGUAUUUCAGUUUUGAAUGUCUGUCUAAUGGUGUCAAAUACAACACCUUAUACAGUCGAACAUGGAUGAAAUUGUAUAAUUUACUGAAAUGAAAUGGCCUCGGGGCCAAGGAGAAUAUGUAGAACCGCCCCCACACGGAUCACAUUGAACACCAAUACACAUUUUUAAAUUUGGGUCAAGAGCAAAAAUCUCCAUAAAGAACUGAAAUACACGGUAUUCAAGCCUCUUAUCAUCUGAAUUAUGCAGAAAUGGUUAGAUAACUUUCCAACGCACCAGAAAGCCAACUGUUUACAUGAUUAUUCUUUAAGAAGAAUAUUUAAAAAACCUCCUUUGGGUUGAGGAUAUAUAUUGGAGGUAAACUGCCUUUAACACCAAGCCAACGAAAUGUUUGACCUUCUCACCAUGCAAUGUCAUCCUUGGGGUUUCACAAAGAAACUGUUCACAGCAUUUAGUGCAUAAUGUCUCUUGUCAAGUCCAGUGUAUAUAAUAAGCACUUGUCACCCCUGUUCUCUCGAUGCUCUCGCUGCUAUUUCAUGUUUCUGCGACUGUUGUUUUCUCAAAUCCCCCCGGAAUGUGCAGGCUUUCUGAUCAUGGCGGAAAAGCCUGUAGCAUUCCCCGAACACGGCAUGUACACUACAUCACAUCCCUGAAUUAUUGAGCAGUUCAUUGUGGAAAUAAAAUGAGAGCGAGUGAGGAGAUUUACAGGAA